UGGAAACAUGGAGCAGUAGAGAGAGGAACAAAACUACCCUUCAAACUAAAUGCUGCAGUUCUAACCGCAACUCCAGGUGAUAUCACUGCUGUGGCAUGUGCUUGUCAUCUGAACUCUUGCGUUUGAAUUCCUGUGUCCAUAUUACGAGGGGGUCAGCAGCAGAAAAAUGUUCACCCGUGAAUAUGCUGUUGCUGCUGAAAACUCUGGUCGUCGAGGAUCCAAGAUGGCAAAGUCUCUUUACUUCCUUUCAUGUUUCAUGGAUUCUAACAUUGGAAUGAUCAAGAAUUUAGAAUAAUUUAGAAUUGUAAAUGCGAGGUGUGGCCUUCUGUGUGAGGUUGAGGUUGACAUGUCACGGGUCUCAUCGUCCACCACCAAGCGGAUCGGGAACUACUCGAGCAGCAGCUUCACCAGCCCCCACUAUGGCUCCUCGUACCACAGCUACAGCCCCAACCUGGGCACCAGUUACGUGGACAAGGACAAACUGCUCUACAAGCCGAUGUACACCAGCUACGUCCCCCGCGCCAACUCGGGCAGGGUGGCCAACAAGUAUUCCCUGGAGGUCGACCGUGGCCGACAGCUCCCUCGGCCCGAGGUGCUGAGUAGACGCAGUGAAAGCUUGAGCCGGGCUCCCUUCAAGGCCUUCCCCGCUGGACUAAGCGGAGGGUACUCCAGCACCUACGGUUACAGCACGGGGAGCAGCCCUUCCACUUACACAUCGCCCGCGUUGUCCCUGAGUCGAAGGAAAUCCAUCAGUCAGACGGAACUAAACCGGGACCUGCUGAACCUCCACAUGGUGGAUACGUACCAGCUGAACACUGUGAAGAGCCCCUCGCUCAGUCGACGUGACGCAGACCCCCACCAGGUAUCCCGCAGGAGUGAGGUUGGAGAUGCCUACUGCACCAAGGGCUCUGGUGCUUAUGGCCUGCCACGCAGUGUGACCCAAGAGACCAUAACCGCUUCGUUCAAAAGCACGGACCGCUUCAGCCCAGCCUGGGAGAGGAGUGGGAGCAGCAGCAGCUGUGGGUCGCCCGUCCGAGACACACCAAAUUCUAAAACCAACCAGGGGCUUGUGGGACUUCGGAAUCUGGGCAACACUUGCUUCAUGAACUCCAUCUUGCAAUGCCUGAGCAACACCCGGGAACUGCGAGACUAUUGUAUUCAGAACAACUACCGGCGAGAGCUCAACAACCGGAGUCGCACCAACACAGCGCUCAUGGAAGAAUUUGCAAAGCUGCUCCAGGCUCUUUGGUCAUCCUCCAGUAAUGACCCCAUCAGUCCUUCUGAGUUCAAAACGCAAAUCCAGAAAUAUGCGCCACGAUUUGUGGGUUACAAUCAACAGGACGCACAGGAGUUUCUCCGUUUCCUGCUGGACGGACUCCACAAUGAAGUGAACCGAGUGUCAGUGCGGACCAAGGCUACAGUGGAGGACUUGGACCAUCUCAAUGAUGAUGAAAAAGGUAGAAGAAUGUGGAAGAAAUACCUCGACAGGGAAGACAGUCGGAUUGUAGAUCAUUUUGUGGGCCAAUUAAAAAGCUCUCUAACCUGCAGUGAGUGCGGCUACUGUUCCACAGUCUUUGACCCCUUCUGGGACCUGUCACUACCCAUCUCAAAGAAAAGCUAUGGAGAAGUUUCACUGAUGGAUUGUAUACGACUGUUCACCAAAGAGGAUGUUCUGGAUGGAGAUGAAAAGCCAACCUGUUACAGAUGCAAAGUCCGAAGAAAAUGUACUAAGAAAUUCACAAUCCAGAAAUUUCCAAAGAUCCUAGUGCUUCAUUUGAAGCGAUUUUCUGAGGCACGGGUCCGUACUAGUAAACUUUCUACCUUUGUAAAUUUUCCCCUGAAGGACCUUGACCUUCGAGAGUUCAGUUCUGACAGCAGUGUUCAUGCAGUUUACAAUCUCUAUGCUGUGUCCAAUCACUCGGGCACCACCAUGGGUGGUCACUACACUGCUUACUGCAAGCACCCACAGUCUGGAGAGUGGUACAACUUCAAUGACUCCAGGGUGACCCCAGUGUCAUCGAGCCAGAUAAGGACAAGUGAUGCCUAUGUUUUAUUCUAUGAACUUUCUUAUCCUUCCUCUCGGAUAUAACAAUCUCCGGACAUGAAAGAACGGGGAAAGCAAAGCAGCUUAAAACAAAAACUGUCUGACAACAAUGGCAAUAUUCUUAAGUGAUCCCUUGUGAUCUUCAUAUCGUAAACCAGCAUAAAAUCCAUGCCGACAGCAAGGAAACGACCCCAAGGAGACCAGCUAAUGUCUGAAUGGAUUGCACCGGGAGUGAGAGGGAGAAAGUGGUGGAGGUGUGGAUGCAUGUUGGCAGAAGGUUACACAAAGGGCUGUUUUUGAAACUGAGGGAUCACCAGUCCUGCAGCCAUUGACAGAUUUUUCAAAGAACACACCAGCAUCUGAUGCAGAGCAACCUGAGCUCGGAUCAACAACCUACUGAUGAAAGACCGCCCGCAGCAGCGAGCUGCUGGAGCUGCUGAGUCUGCACCAGCAUCUCCUCUCUGUACUGUCUUGGAGUAUGUUUAUUUUCAGAGGCAAAAAUUUUCUUGCAAGUCUUUUGAAACAUUAAAACCACAAAUUGUUACAGAGCGGGAUAAAGACGGUUUGUUGCUAUUUAAAAUGCUCCGAGUUGCAAGGGAAUCAGGUUCAGGAGAAUAUUUAAAUUUAUUUAUGUUUUUUUGGUUCUGUGCAAUGACUUGCCUGUGGCACAUUGGUUAGAGCCAUCAUCAUCUGAGGGACAAGUGAUCCUUUCUGCUUUCUCAAACUAAGACAUUGUCCCCUCCAGCAGUUUCUGUCAUACAUGCAUUUUAACAACAUGAAAAUGUUCUCACACCUGAUACAUUGAAAUGCCUUUUUUGAUUUAAGUUAGAAUUAACCAACACUGAACUAACUUUGAGUGUUACCUAGAGAGAUGUGUUCUAUUUAUGUGGACUGACAGGAGUAACAUUUAUUUGCCUGAGUUCUAUCUCUGAAUCCAGCAGAAUAUUUUCUCUGAUCCAUAUUUGGAGCUGAACUAUCACAGUUGAUUAUCAUUAAUAAAGACCCACCCUUUUCACAACCGAUAAUCCUUCUUGAUAACAAGCUUUGACAUUUCAGACGAGAAUCCUGAGUUUCUGGUUUUGAAAUUGGUAUUAAAACAACUACCUUAUUGGGUCAAAAGGACAUGAAGUGCUGGAGUAACUCAGCGGGUCAGGUAGCAUCUCUGGAGAACAUGAAUAGGUGAUAGACAUAGAAACAUAGAAUGUAGUGAUGUUUGGGCCGGGUUCAUUCUUCGAUCUGAUGAAGGGUUCUGACCCGAAACGUCAUCCAUCCAUGUUCUCCAGGGAUGCUCUGGCUGAGUUACUCCAGCACUUUGCAUCCGUUUGUGUGAAGCAGCAUCUGCAGUUUCCACCUUAUUGGGUCAAUGGUUCAAGUUUUGUUAAUUUAUUCCCAAUCAAAAGCUUGGCAGCCUCAAUAUUGAAUGGUAUGUCUGCAGAAUGCGGGCAAAGAAUCUUUCUUCAUCUCAAGCCCAUGUUUGGUACUAUGGGGAAACACUCAACCAUGAACAUCUCUCAUCUAUUGGCAGCCUCUUGUCUCCUGCUUCCUCAUUCUUCAGCUAUUCAGCCACCCUACCUCCUUCUGAAAGACUAUGCGACAUCACAUUUAAAAAAAACUAGAUUGCAAUUAUAUAGUGACCUUUCUUUUUUGCUCUUUGUUCUACGGCUUUUGUUUUUACACAUCCCCCAAUAUGUCCGACAGGUCUAAUUCCCUUAAUAUACAAUAUUCGGGAGAAUGCAAGGUUGAAUUAAGAAUUUAGCUAAUCUCCACCCAAUACAUCUCUAGGCCAGUGCUACAUUUGAACCAUGCCAGGGCCUCUUGGGGCUUGGCAUUGCAUACCUUCAUGAUUCCUGUUUUAACCAACUACUUGCAAUAGAUGUCCCAUCAACUCUUUUUUUUCCUGGAUUUAUAUGUUGCAUUCUUAACAUUUUUGCUUGAUUUUUGGCUCUGCUUCCAGUGGCUUACAGUUCUGGUGGUAAAUAUGUUGAUUUGAUCUGGUGAGGCAAGAGGUCAAAUGGAAUCGGAGAGAUUAGGUUCAGAUAAAAUAGAUUAUAGAGAUUGCAAUAUUGGAAGUGAGUUGAAGCAUCUCCUUUCCCUGAUAUUCUGUGAUCGGGAUUUGUUGUUUUUGCUGCUCUCAAACUGAGGUCUGAUCUGUCCCGUGGUGAUUUCAGAAACCUGUUCACUGUCCAGUAACAUUUGCCAGUUAUCUUGCUAGUAACACUGUUAUCACACGGCAUGAAUGAAAUAAAGAGAAAAAAAGCAGCCAUCCCUGUAGAAAUUUACUAGGUCUUUUUUUUUAAAUUGGGGAGAAUGGGUUAAAAAAUAUCAACUACUUUCACUCCAUUACCAUAACAGUGCUUCCUGUCUCUCGCUGCAUUCGGAAUGACUAUCUGUCUUGCCGUUUUUUUGCCGCUUUGUGUAUGUUUAUCCACUCCGUCUCCAAGUCCCUCUGAUUGUUCUACAGACCCCGGAUUACAAUGUGCAGGUUGACUAACGUGCUAUUGCUGCUUCCCUCCCCUGUGUUUCCUUCUCUCCACCCAAAACUUCAAAGCAUCUCCGACUAUUGUAGGAGUGGACAAAUUAAGUUAAGUUUAAUGUCUGCAACAUCAACGCAAUGUGUUCGCCUAUUACUCCCAUUCAAAACUCGUCAUUCUAGAGGGCUUUUUAAAAAUAAGAUAUCUUACUAAAGAAGACUCGAGUUUCAAACGUGUUCAUUUUUAACUCUAUAAACUAAUGCAUGGAGACGUGAUGACUGUUCUAUUUUGAUAUGUCGUGGGUUUAUGGGUUUAUCUUGUUUACCGUGUAAACAAGCGCUGGAUUUAUUUUAUAUUAUGUACAGUGAGGAGUUGUACAUAAGAAAUUUUAACUAUAUAUAUAGUAUCUAGAAUAACAGCCGUGUGUACACAUGCGCAUUAUAAAUAUAUCGACAGUGCCCUCCAAAAGGUUUGGGACAAAAACCCAUCAUUUGUCUAUUUGCCUUUGUACUCCACAAUUUGAGAUUUGUAAUAUAAAAAAUCACAUGUGGUUAA